AUGAGUAAUACAGAAGAAACCAUCCAACAAAUCGAUAUCAUAUCUGUCUUAUCUGAAAUAAUACGCAAAUUUGAGAGAUAUAAUUCAUCAAUUGUCGAGACAAAGAGCAUUGAGUCGCAAGAAGUAUCACAGAAGAUUAUUGAAUUUCAAAAGCGACUAGACGAGGCUAGAACAUUAGUUAAAUCAAUUCCUGGUAUCGAUCAGUCUAAAUCGCAACAACUCGAACAUCUAGAAAGUCUAAAGAAGCAGUUGGUCUCAAAACAAGAAUUAAUUAAUAAGUACAAACAAUACAAUUUCUAAAGAUAAUUAAGUCAUGGUUGUAAGGCGAAUCCUCCAGUUAUUAUUAAGCAGAAACGCAGAUCAAAUAGCCGAGAAGCUAUCAGACUCUUAUGUUAUGAGAAGAGCAGCACAAAUGGUAGUGUCUGUGUUUUAUCGAACAAAAGCAAUUACAGAAGAGAAUAAUUUGAGUAGAUUUGCUGAUUCCGAUAAACUUAAGUCACUUCUAGAUAAAUUUCAAAAGAAUAUAGCUGAGGAAAUGCAGAAGGCGAAAAGUGAAUUAGAGAAAAAACAAAUGAAGUGAUUUAUGCUUGAAAAUAUCCUUUUAUUACUUAAAUAAAAUAUAUUUUUGUCUCAAACAAAAAACAAAAGGAUUUAUUGGAGAUCCUGAGUUUGAACAACUGCUU